CCGGCGGCGCCAAGCCCUGCUCCAAAACUUUCGGCACCAUGCACGAGCUGGUGAACCACGUCACGGUGGAGCACGUGGGCGGCCCCGAGCAAAGCAACCACGUCUGCUUUUGGGAGGACUGUCCGCGCGAGGGCAAGCCCUUCAAGGCCAAAUACAAGCUCAUCAACCACAUCCGCGUGCACACGGGCGAGAAGCCCUUCCCCUGCCCCUUCCCGGGCUGCGGCAAGGUCUUCGCGCGCUCCGAGAACCUCAAGAUCCACAAGCGCACUCAUACAGGGGAAAAGCCUUUCAAAUGUGAGUUUGAUGGCUGUGACAGGAAAUUUGCCAACAGCAGCGAUCGGAAGAAACACUCCCACGUCCACACGAGCGACAAGCCUUACUACUGCAAGAUCCGAGGCUGCGACAAGUCCUACACUCACCCCAGCUCCCUGAGGAAGCACAUGAAGAUCCACUGUGACCAACCUCAACGAGUGGUACGUUUGCCAGGCCAGUGGAGCCUCCAGCCACCUGCACACGCCUUCCAGCAACGGAACCACUUCCGAGUCCGAAGACGAAGACGUGUAUGGGAACUCCGAGGUUCCGCGGACGAUACAUUAGAAUUUACCAGUAAUAAUAAUAAUACCUUGCCUGUAGGAUUUAAAAAGAAAAAAGAUGCAGCAACCUUACCCCGUCUCCACGCGCUGUGCUCCUGUGAGCGUUCCUGAGCGUUCCGGCAGAGGUGGGGGCAGGACCACGCCGCUGCAGCAGGCACCUGUGAAGCUGUGAUAUUUUCUAAAAUAGAAGACAUUCAAGUGCUUUCAUUUUUCAUUAUGUUUUUGUUUUUAAUCUGAAAUCUCAGAUGCUGCCUCUUUACUGUGUCCAAACUCUAUGUGUCAUAAAAAGAUAAGUUUUAGAGAAGUUCUUUGGGAUGCCAAAAUUAACAGGCAAGUCUAAGGAGGUGUAUGUUGGUAACAUGCCCACGUUUUUGGGAAAGCUGUUGUUUUUAAAACAGGCCAACCCCUCUUUUAUACUGUUGUAUCAGCCUUUUAAAAAGUCUUUAUUUUUCAAUGCCCGCAACUGCAUUUUUUUCCACCUGAGCACCGAGCAUACACGGAACUCUAUCGCAUUUGGAAAUGACAGUGUGUGAAGUGUAUGAUUUACAUUAAAAGAGGGGAGGGAGUUGCUAUACAUAUUAAAAUUUUUAAAAGGUUUAUAGUUACCACCAAACACUGAUGAAUGUGUGACCUUUGCCAGAGCUGUCAAGCUAGGAUAUAAAAGGUCAAGGACCUAGGACAAUAACUCUUAGUCAAUUUAUUUUCACUUCAUGCAACACAUCUCAUGCAAAAUAUAGUCCAUCAUAAACAUCAUACAAAUAUACUAAAGAGCACUAAUUUAUCCUCAGAGACCCUGAAGACACCCCCUCCCCAGGGUUUGUAGAAAUUUGUUUUGUGUGCUGUGAGUGGUUGAUGUAGUCUUGUCAUUGUUAAUAACUUGUAUGUGAACACUAUUAUUUGUACAGCUGAAUUAAUUUAUUUUCAGACAUCAUCCUUUGUUUUUCCUGGAAGAGUUCAAAGCACACCAAAGAAUUAUAUUAUACAGUUUGGUGAAAGAUUGUCAUUUAUGAUCCAUGGUUUAUUUAAAAAAAAAAAAGGAAAGAAAAUGGGGGAUAUAUUUUUAAGCUACUUGAACGUAAUGUGAAAACCAGGACCCUUCCUGCAUGUCUGUUUGCAUUGUGUUGACGAGAUGAUACAUAGUUUAUAGAUCUAUUAUAUCACUAGUACAGUGCAUGGUGCUGUCACUUUGAAAGCCUUUCAAUGUUGUCUUCAGAUUGUUACAGUGAAUAUGAAACACGCAGACCCUCCUUUAUAAAGAAAAAGACCAUAAAACUUGAAUAUAAAGUAAUUUUACAUUUUUAAAGUUUAUUUGAUUUUCGUAUUAUUCACUUUCAAAGCUCUUUCACAUAGACAAAGUAAGGUAUGAGCUUCGGGGGGAUAAUUUAUGUAUCGUAAACUUAUUAGAACAAAAUAUUCCUGGUUUAUAAUGAGUUGUUUUAUUUAUACAACUUUUUCAAUGGUAGUUUGCACUAUUCUUUAUUAUGCUACAGGUUUAUUUAUUCUGAAACAAAGGAAUAUGUAUUUUAUGUAUUUUGCCAUGCAUAGGUUUACUCUGCCACAGAUUUAUUGGUUCCUGAUACACCUAAAAUAAAAACUUAAAAUGUGUACCUCCGA